AUCAGACACUUUAAUCAAAUUUUAAAGAGAAAUCGUGUUAAUAAAUGUGAACAGUGAUCAACUUUUGGGAAGAAGGCAUGUGCCUUGAUCAACAGUGAGAGCCAGGUAUUCACAUAGUCACACGCUUACUAAUGUAUGUAUUGUGUACCCAUUGAGGCUUAGAGACUAUAAAAGCAACCGCGUGCCACUGUGUACUUCAGUAUACACUGUGACUCUACUCAGUGAACACAGAAUAGAAAGAACACAGAGCACAGUCAAUGAAAUAGCGUAAGCUCACAUCAUAUAGAUCACACAAAUUAUUUAUUUCUAUCAUCGAUCUACUCUACAUCUUUAUAAGGCAGCGUACUACAUUGACGUAUAAUAAAAACGGGAUAUUACAUUAUAGAGGAAAGUACUUAGACGUAUAACUCAUGCCAAUAUGAACUAGGAAGAGCAUUUUGGACUCGAUUCAGGAAUAAAAACACUCAGCUACGGGCACAGUAUCAGUUUUCAGAAAAACCAAACAGUAUAAGGCACUAUAUUAAGCCAACAUGGAGUUGACAUAUAUUAUGAUACAACUCUACACAAUGUCGCUGACAUUAAUACAGAUGAUGAGCCCAACAGCGGCCCAGAAGACAUCAAACUUUCUAGACAAGGACUUCAAAGAGACAUUUAACUGUAAGCGCCAUAUGGGUCACCAGAUACAUCGAUGUAUGAUUGAUUUCCUGGAUUCACUGAACAUGUACCAAAAUGAGAAGACGACAGACUUCCAGCGAUAUCUUCUAAGAGCUAGACUCUGCAGGGAAUACGAAAUGUCACUGAUGUGUCUCCAUACGCUGAUAUCAAGUUGUCAAUCAAACAUCAAGACACAUCUCCCAAAAAUACAGCAUAAACUCGGUAAAGUCCGCCCAUAUAUGGAUAACGAAUGCCACCAUCAUCUUUUCUCGAAAGAAAAAACUCGUCACCAUGACAAACCAGCACCAGAUGGUGCUGACGACAAACCAAUCAAGAUCCCAGAACUAGAUUUUGAGAAUUCACCAUCAGCAGAUGGCAUUCGACGCAAAUAUCCAAGAAGAUAUGACACCACAACAUUGUUCCCACCAAUUCCACAACAACCGAGGUUAGAGGGUUUUGAAGACUCGACAAUGAAACCUAAUGUACAAAUCACAAAUCACCAAAAAGUACAUAUACAUAAACUAGACUUGAAACAUAUCGAUGAAAAUCGCCGAAAGAAUAUCAAAUAUGGAAAAUUGGGCGAACAAAAUCUAUUGCAGCUUAUACUACAAAGUACUACAGAUAAAAAUGCCACCCCCUCAAUAAACUCAUUUUCAAAUUGGGUACCGAUACAAAAAGAGGGAGAAUCACAAAGUGCUGAAGAUGUCAGCAAUGUUGACUAUGACUAUAACAAUGAAGAAAAGGACAAUAGAAACAAUAACGAGAUUAGAAACAAGCCAGUAGAACCGAUCAAAUAUCACGAUGGAAAAUUAAUUCUCAACCAUAAAUUUUUACAUCAUUAUUUUUCAUCCGCAGCAAAGACAAAUUCAUAUCAUCAACUGAUAUUCUCAUUAGUUUUAGCCAUAGCAAUCAGUGUAGUUUUCAUAUCAUAAACCAUAAAGGAAAAAAACAGAAUUAAUUUAAAUAAUCAAAGUGUCAAACAUCAAAGCCAAUGCAAUAUGUAAAUAAAUGUAAAAUAAGAUGUAUAUUUAUGUACAAAGAACCUAUCUGUGAUUCGUGUAUUAUUUAUUUUGCCACAUAUUCUGUAUAUAAUUUAGCAUCAGUUCAAUGUGAUCUCAAUAACAUAAUAUUUCCAAUCUACCCAUGAAUGAAAUGUGAGUUUGGUCCCACUUUUUCUUGCAAAAAGAUCAAAAUGGAGGGAUUUCAAACAAAUAAUAAAAAAUAUUGGGAUGUGCUCUAAACUAUAUGCAAGAUCAAGAAGGAAAACUUUAAAUGAUUAGCGAAAAUAUAUGAACCAGGUGUGAGUAGAUUGACAUUUCAAAUAUGGGAGGACAUUGUAAAAAAUGCGCAUUUUAAAUAAGAUAUUAUAAUGUUAGAUGUGGCAACUCAUUUUUGGAACAGUUUUAAAAAACUCAAGGACAGUGGGCCCCUCAGUAGUUUCAAGUCAUAAUUUAGUGACGUCUAUUUUAAUGACCGUAUACACAGAGCAAAACAGAGUAACAAGAAAUUCAAUUCAAUAAGGGCAACCUCUUCAAUUCUUUUAUAUGGGGUAAUUACCCAAGUGAAUGUUUUCUUAAAUCUGUGGACAAGACUGUACAAGAGACUGUACGAGAGACUCUUCAUAUAAACUUUUUUAUAGACAGAUAUAGUGCUGAAAAUUCUUUUCAAUUUUGGAAAUGUAGCUUGGAAAUGUAGCUUCAUAGAUCAAUGUGUUUAAGAGCCUAUAAAAUAUUCCAUACUUUUUAAUGUUGAAUAUGUUUUAAAUCAGUAAUUUGACUAAAGGGACUUGUUUAUCAAAAUUAUCAUUUAUUACUAAACAUUGAUGUAUUUUAAUAACAGCCCUUGUAUUUAGCUUUUAAUUAUCUGUGUUUAAUGCGAAGGUAGCUGUAUGUUUGUUUUUUCUACACAAUGCACCUAGUUAUAAACUGAGAGAUACCACACCAUGUGCUUCAUUGUAAAUAAAAUGCCAUUUUUAUAAAAAA